GGCAACGGCCCCGACCAUUAUUGGAAAUCAAAUCAGUUUUGAUCAAUUUUUGAUUAUUGGGGUUUCGACGAUUCUUGCAAUCCAUUUCUUCAUAAUCGAUCCCAAAUUAAGAUAAGCUACCCACCAUCAUUUGAAGGGUAAACUUCGCUUUCGAUAAGUUUUAGAUGCCCAGCACUUGCCCCUGUUUGUGAUUCUUCUAGGAUUCUCUUUCACCAAUGUUGAGUCGCAGGAGCAAUAGCUCUAGCUCAUCUGAUUUGGAGGAACUUCUAGAGAUUGAGUCAAGAUGUCGACAGCUCAAGAAAGAAAGGGACACACUAAUAGGUUCACGGCCACAAAGCUUUGAACUGAUAAGGCGGCUGGAACUACAUGCGAACUCUUUAUCAGAAGCACGCAAGGAAGACAAGCUACGCAUUGAACAAUUGGAGAAGGAGUUGACAAACUGCACUCAGGAAAUAGAUCACCUGCAGGAUCAACUAUGUACAAGGAACGCAGAAUUAAACUUCCUUGUAGAACACGUUGAGAACCUUGAAUUCAAAUUAGUUCAUAUGGAGCGUUUGCAAGAAAAGGCUGUCAAGUUAGAGGAUGAGGUGAAGCGUUCGAACUCAGAGUGCCUCUUCUUGAAGCAGAAACUAGUUGACAAGGAAAAGGAGCUACAAGAAUCACAUUCCAAUAUAGAAAAACUCGAGGAGUCGAUUUCAUCUAUGACAUUGGAGUCUCAAUGUGAAAUUGAGAGUAUGAAAUUGGAUAUGGCGGCCAUGGAGCAGUGUUACUUGGAAAAUAAGAAAGUCCAGGAAGAAGCUCUUCAUCUAAAUGAUAAAAUGGAUAGAUUGAUUGGGGAGCUUCAGAAUGCACAGAAAAAUGCUGAGUCUCUGGAGAAGGAAAAUGAUAAACUUCAAAGAGAGCUGGAUAUAUCGACAAGAAAUGCCUCCACAUUUUGUCGAAGGAUUGAGGAAUUGAUUGAAAACAAGGAGAGAUCACGAAAUACUCUGUGUUUCUCGAAUGACGGAGAUAGCGAGUUAGCACCACUACUUGAUAUUAGUUGUGGCGAAAACUCAGGCCAUCAUCUUCCGAAGAUAGCAGGUGCACUAUUUGCAGAUGAAAAUUCAGAAGUCAAAAUGGAUGUGAUGGCAAAGAAGAUACAAGAUUAUGAACUUCUUGUAAAGCAACUCAAGGAGGAGCUAAGAGAGGAGAAGUUGAAAGCAAAAGAAGAAGCAGAGGACCUUGCUCAGGAAAUGGCUGAGCUAAGGUACCAGAUUACUGGUUUGCUUGAAGAAGAGUGCAAGCGCCGGGCUUGCAUUGAACAGGCAUCUUUACAGAGAAUUGCCCAGUUAGAGGCACAGGUUUUAAAAGAAAAACAAAGUAGGUCAUUUUCUGUUGCUAGACGUAUGUACGAAAUAUAGUAGUUGGGAGUAUGAAUUAAAAGCUGCUCGAGGAAGAGUGUCGAUCAAAGCUUACUUUCUGAAAACCUUUGGUACUGAACUGGUGAAUUUGACUGCAAAAACCAGUGGCUCCUAUAUUUUCCUCUUGGUUUUCCCAGAUGAUGUCGUGUCGAUUUGACCAAAUGAAAAACUUCGCAACCGCAACUUUGUCCCAACUACUCAACCAAUUCAGCUUCUUACAGAGAAAACACGCAUGCUUGUGUAGAAAACGAUACAGAAAGAUAGUAGGUUCCAUGAAUAGAGUUGGCUAUAGGUUGUUCAGCAAGCUGCCAUCAGAAAUAUAAAGUAGAUGUGCUUUGCACAGUUCUUCCUAGCAGCUCUGGUUUUGAAUCUGCGCUUUCUGGAGAGUAUAUGAUUUGAACUUAGUGUGUAUUAACAGAGUGUUGGUUUGGUUUGUCAUAAUUUGGUCACUGUUGUAAAUAUUAUGCAUUUGUAAUGUGGGAAGUUUUGUUUGCAACCA